AUGAAAUUUACAGGAUCUCCAAUCAAAUUAAAGGUGUCCCAGGGUCAACCCGUCAAACUAAAUUGCAGCCUCGAGGGAAUGGAAGAUCCUGAGAUGUUGUGGAUCAAGGACGGAGCAGUGGUGCAAAGCGUAGACCAGGUGUACAUUCCAGUAGAUGAAGAACACUGGAUCGGCUUCCUCAGCUUGAAAUCCGUCGAGCGGACAGAUUCUGGGAAGUACUGGUGCCAGGUUGAGAACGGGGGGAAGAAGGAAGAAUCACAGCAAGUGUGGCUCAUAGUGGAAGGUGUGCCCUACUUUACUGUGGAACCUGAGGAUGUGUCCGUGUCCCCUAAUGCCCCAUUUCAUAUGGUCUGUGCUGCUGUUGGUCCCCCUGAACCAGUGACAAUUGUCUGGUGGAUGGGAGACUCUAGAGUGGGGCUUCCAGACAUCUCCCCCUCCAUCUUAAAUGUGUCAGGUAUUAAUCAAAGCACAGUUUUCUCCUGCGAAGCUCACAACGUAAAGGGAUUGUCUUCAUCUCGGACAGCCACUGUUCAAAUUAAAGCCAUGCCUCUCCCGCCUCUCAAUGUAACUGUAAGCCAAGUCACCAGCAGCAAUGCCAGCGUGGUCUGGGUGCCAGGAUUUGAUGGCCGCGCACCCCUCCACUCUUGCACUCUUCAGGUAGCGGAGUCACCAGACGGUCAGGAGGUCUCCACUGAAGUCACCCCAGUGCCCCCCUUUGCCUAUGGUGUGCAAGGCCUGAAGCAUUCCACCAACUACAGUGUUCGUGUGCAGUGCAGCAACGAGAUGGGCAGCUCCCCUUUCACCGACAGGGUUUAUUUCCAGACCCUGGAGCUUGCUCCAAGCAGCACCCCACAAAAUAUCCAUGUUAUCCAAAGAGAUCCCGGUCUGAUUUUGGAGUGGGAAGGUGUAGCUCCAGACGUGCUGAAAGAAAAUGUCCUGGGAUACAGGCUGGAAUGGAUUCAAGAUAAUGUAACUCAGGGGGAGAUGAUUGUACAGGAUACAAAAGCUAAUCUCACAACAUGGAAUCCUCUCAAAGACCUGAUCAUCAGGGUGUGCGUGCUGAACUCUGCAGGAUGCGGGCCCUGGAGUGACCUCUUCCUGCUUGAAGCCCAAGAGGUCAUGGGUGGCCAGAGACAACCUCCUUAUGGGACAUCCUGGGUUCCUGUGGCGUUGGGCAUUCUCACAGCUCUGGUCACGGCUGUUGCUUUGGCUCUUAUUCUCCUUCGGAAAAGAAGAAAGGAAACUCGGUUUGGCCAUGCCUUUGGCAGUGUGGUUGGCAGAGGGGAUCCAGCAGUCCAUUUCAGAGCUGCCAGGUCUUUCAACAGGGAGGGCCCAGAGCUCAUUGAAGCAACGUUGGAGAGUGUAGGGAUCAGUGAUGAGCUGAAGACGAAACUCAAAGAUGUCCUAAUCCAGGAACAGCAGUUCACCUUGGGAAGAAUGUUGGGCAAAGGGGAGUUUGGGUCAGUUCGAGAAGCACUACUGAAGUUAGAUGAUGGCUCUUUCCAGAAAGUGGCAGUGAAGAUGCUGAAAGCGGACAUCUUCACCUCGACUGACAUUGAGGAGUUCCUGCGAGAGGCUGCGUGUAUGAAGGAGUUUGACCACCCACAUGUCACUAAGCUGAUUGGAGUCAGUCUACGGAGCCGUCCCAAGGGCCGUCUCCCAAUUCCUAUGGUGAUCCUGCCCUUCAUGAAGCAUGGAGACCUUCAUGCUUUUCUGCUGAUGUCACGGAUUGGGGAAAACCCUUUUAACUUGCCUGUUCAGACACUCCUCAAGUUCAUGAUUGACAUUGCCAGCGGGAUGGAGUACUUGAGCUCAAAAAAUUUCAUACACAGGGACCUUGCAGCUCGGAACUGCAUGUUGGAUGAGAACAUGAACGUGAGUGUUGCAGACUUCGGGCUUUCUAAGAAAAUCUACAGUGGAGACUACUACCGUCAGGGCUGUGCUUCCAAGCUGCCAGUGAAGUGGCUUGCUCUGGAAAGUCUGGCAGAUAAUCUGUACACAACACACAGUGAUGUGUGGGCAUUUGGGGUGACCAUGUGGGAGAUUGUGACCCGAGGGCAAACCCCUUAUGCUGGCAUUGAGAAUGCAGAAAUCUACAACUACCUCAUCAGCGGGAACAGGCUGAAGCAGCCGCCGGAGUGCCUGGAAGAUGUCUACGAUCUCAUGUGCAGAUGUUGGCAUCCUGAGCCCAAGCUACGCCCCAGCUUCGGAGUGCUCCGGUCUCAGCUGGAAAUGAUUCGGGGGAGGAUGUCCACACUCUCUGCCAGUCAAGAUCCUCUCUAUGUCAACAUUGGGAAGGACAAAGAGGCGUCUGCGAGUGACCCUGCCCUGCACGCUUCCUUUGGAAACACGGACGGUGAAGAGACCGUUGCUGGGGCAGCUGCUGCUGUCACAAGUGACUAUCGCUACAUCAUGAGCCCCUUGUGCCUUGGAGAUGGUGCCGAGGGUGAAAGGCAUCCAGAUGGGCAGGAAGGGGAGGACAAAAGCCUUCUGUAUGAGCUGGAGACAGAAGGAGAGAAAAGUUGUUAGCCUGUACAUAGCAGUGACACUCUGCUUCCCUGGGACGGGAUGUGUGCAGCCGUGGUGCCGUGUCGCCUGGGGCUCUGAUGCCGGAUCCCGAAUGGCUUUGAACAGCACUGGCCAGAGCUCUUUUGUAGUUUUCACCACCUGUGUGGGCUGUAGCGGCGGACGGCUUGGAAGGACCGCAACCCCAACAAGCCCUUGGAUUUGGGGGAGGGGGGCGGCAGGGUUACGGGUUGAUCGCAUCCCGCUGAAAGGAGUUCAAAGCUAAGGUGGGCAGUCAGAUUCUACGCUCUGCUCCUUCUCACUGACCACUGGAGCAGAUCUGAGUACACCUUUGUUCAGUCAGUGCUCGCUCUUGUGUAGAUGUUGUCUUCGAUCCUGGCUGCAUGACUUCGGGACUGGUACCUCUGAAAACACUAGUGGGUAUUUACACUGUCAUGC